AAUAGAACAGCAAUCGGGUGGGAGAGAGAAAAAGGUACGCUCAGGCGAGAGAGGGAGAAGCAAGCGUGCUGGGGUAGUGAAUUCGAGUUGCAACUAAAGAGGAGCCGAAAAGGUUGGCUGAUCCAAGGGGCGGCAGCCGUUCGUCGAUGUCAUUCUCGCCGGCUUACUUCUUCCGGAAAAAUACCUACAGUAUGGGCCUGCUGACUUGGUUUCACUUAUGUUCAUUCAUUGCAAAAGUACCGGUUCCAUUUCUAUGUACCAAGCAAAUUCUAUUCCAAAAGAUAUCGGGUGUAAUGAUACAGAUUCAUGUCGCUAAAGUAGUGUACAACCGAUCGUCAUUGCCUGCCUUCCUUUCCCAUCCCAGUCCAAUGCUAUACCUAUAAAGCCAAGUAGUAGAAGAAUAACAGACGAUCUAUAUAAGAA